AUGGCUCCUCAUUACAAACUAACCUACUUUAACUUACGAGCACGAGCUGAGCCCGUGAGACUUGUUUUUGCCUACGCUGGAGUAGACUAUGAAGACAACAGAAUAAGCUGGGAAAACAAAGCCGAACAGUGGAUACCACUAAAAAACAGUAAGUAAUUUCACACUUAAAAACCCGCAUACAUCACUGUGAUCUCAAGUAAUCUUCGUUUGCAAGAUUUAGCUUUGAGGACCUGAAAGCAAUGUUCAGUACAAUACAAGCGUACUAAUAAUUCAAAAGCAAACUUAAUUUAAAACACGAGCCGUCACCGUUAAACCUAUUAUAGGCAAAAACCAACAACGUGACUUUAGGAAUUAAGCGUGUAGUGUUCAGUACUCGAUGGAAAGGAAGUCGACUAAACGGCGUUUAAACCGGCCGUAGGACACAGAGUGGCUAUAUAUGAACUAAAGGUAAGGGAGCUUUUGGAAUCAAUAUUUCGCGUGAUCAUGAUUUUUUUUUCUUAGCGUUGUAGAUUCGAAUACAUGUGAUAAAAUUUGAACAAUAAGGGCCCGAAUCACAUGUAAUAAUGCAAGAAAUAUCGACCUUCGUUAUCUUUAAUACUACUAGUACAGAUAGACAAACAAGAAGACUUCAUAUCUUUAAGACUUUUUGCAUUUAUUUGGCAUAAUACACUAAUAAUUCUAGUAUAUUCCGACCAAAUGACCUCUGAAGCCCGAACCCACACAUAGUGCGCUUGGACUGCCUGUGACCGGAUAUGCAGAUGGAAAACUUGGUCGCGUGGUACAAAUUCACGUUUGCCGUUUACCGUAAACGCGAUGCUUAACCUCUCUAUUAAUAUUUUUAAUUAUAAAGAUAACUGAUAAGAAAAGGACAUUUGGGUCAUAUCAACUAAAUUGAACUUAAGAGUUUCUUUAGUCCGAUCACGUUAAAGCACUGUGAUGAAAUUUUGCAUUGAGAGUUUCUGUAUUUACAGGUGGAAAAUGUCCAUUUGGUCAAAUUCCUCUUCUUGAAGUUGAGGGUGUUACACUAUGUCAGUCAAUGGCCAUACUCCGAUUCGUGGCUAGACGAUACGGUAUGUAUCAGUUCUUCAUGAUAUGAAUACUGAGAAAACGGUCAAUACAAAUGGUAGGGGUCCAAUUUGGUCAGGCAUGCAUUUAAAAAAUCCACCCAGUAUCCAAAAUGAAUGUAGAAGGAAUGGCUCAUCACCAAAAGCCAAAAGAACCCAUGAAUAACAAAAUUGUUAUGAGUCAUAAUACUGACAUAUCGUGCGGGUCAGAUAGACUUUGUGAGAGUUAUACGGUAGGGCUUGAAUUACUCUAGCCUCAUACGCAGCGUUUUUAGGGGAGCUCGUGUUUCGUCCCUCACCACAAACGCCGUUUGUGGAGAGGGACGAAAUACCAGCUCCCCAAAAAACGCCUGUGUGGGAGGCUAGAAUUACUUCGAUCCUUGGCUAGAUGAGACGGUAUGCAUUUCUUCCUUGUGUCAAUACUAAUAAAACGGUCAAUAAAAAUGGAUGGGGGCGUGCAUUUAAAAAAUCCGCCCUGUAACGAAAAUGACAGCAGAAGGAAUUGCUCCUCACCAAAAGCAAAAAGAACUAAUAAUUAAUAAUAAUUUCUGUGUUUAUAAUAGCAUGAGCGGAUGCCCAGAUACCAAUUCCCUGUGGUAUCACCCCGCCUACCCCCGAACCAAAAUCCCACUGCGCCCUUGCAAUAUCAAUUUAUGAAAUGCCUUUGUUAACAGGUUUGAUGCCUAGCAACGAUAUCCAGCAGGCAAAGGCGGACAUAUUUUCUGAGGCAGUUUAUGACUUAGAAAACGCGAUGGUCCGUGCAAUUGUGCAGCCAGAACCAGAUCAAAAGGUAACGCGUCAUAAAUUUGGUGCCAAACAUGCCAGGAUGUCCUCUUGUCAAAUAACAUAACCGGGACAGCAAGGCGGCAGGCACAGUGUUAGCCUGCGAGCGAAGCGAGCCGCGCGAGAACGAGCAAGCAGUGAAGCUGCGAGGGGCCAAGGAAAGGAGCGCCCCCAGCUUUCACGUCUCCUCUCGCGUGCCUGUCGUGCGUCUACUUUUCACAAUAUCCUCCAAAUGGAGAACUUGCUUGCUGGCUCGUGUAGUGCAAGACAGCUGUAGAUCUGAGCUGGAAAGACUUGCUCAGGAAUCUCUGUUGAAGGCUAUUUAAGCUUUCACGAAUACCCUGAAGUUUUGAAGUAAAAUCCCUCACUCCCAUAAUAAUUCAUUAUAGUUUCCUAUUAUUACUGUACUGAAAUGUUCAGGUAUGAAAGAGGAGGAUACUAGGCACUGUUAAUAUUCCAUCGGCAUGGUUUGUUUCCUUUUCCUUUCUUUUUCAUGACUUUAAAAAAUUCCCUAACUGAUAUCAAGAGAUAAUAACGAGCUGGCAGUUGGUAACUGACCUACCUCUUCAAUAUUUUUCAAUCUACAGAAAGUUUUGAUGGAAACAUUUAAAUCAGAGACAGUACCAAAGGCAUGCAACUAUCUUGAGAAAUUUCUGGAUGGAAAUCCAAAAGAUGAAGUAUAUUGCGUUGGAAAUAAGGUAAUUUUAUAAAAUUUGUUCCAAGACCGAUGUAUUCAACAAUCAGCAAGGUGAUGUCAAAAAAUGUAAGUGACAUUGGCCCUUCAACUAAGUAACGCUGUUUUUGUUUCUAUUCUUGACAGCUAAGCUUUGCAGACAUCUGUUUCUUCGCGUUCUUCAAUAGUUACCUAGGUGAUGGUCAAAUGGCUGUACCAGACACUUUGAAAGGCCUUCCUCGUCUUACUGCACUGUACGAAAAAGUCAGGGAUGAGCCCAAGAUCAAAGCGUGGCUUGAGAAACGACCCAACUCUGUUCUUUAA